AUGGCUCCUCUUCAGCUCGGUGUUGUCCUCUAUGACUUCCAGCUCGUGGACGUCGCCGGUCCGGUCGACAUCCUCCUCGCAGGGUCCAAAACCAUGCUAAGCCACCUUAACCGCGAUAAAUUCGUCCCAGACGAGAUGGUAGACCAGGGCAUCGAUAUCAACUUCCACUAUAUUGCCCCGACGAUGGACACCAUAUCCCUCAUGAACGGCUUCAAGCUGCAACCAACCACCACCUUCGAAGAAUGCCCCAAACUCGACGCAAUCCUUCUCGGUGGACCUGGUCCUGAGUUCUGGAACAACAUCCCCGACUCUUACCGCGAGUUCCUGCACCGCAAGGCCGAGGAGGUCCAAUACUUCUUCACCACCUGCACUGGGGGCAUUGUGGCUGCCAAAGCCGGCUUACUCCGCGGUAAACGUGCCACAACCAAUAGCGAAUUCCUUGAUUACAUUAAAAAGGAAUGCCCCGACACCACCUGGGAAACGGCUCGCUGGGUGAUCGAUGGCAAAUUCUGGACUGCAGGUGGUGCCUUUGCGGGAAUUGAUAUGUUCGAGCAUUGGCUUGAGGGAAGGAGGAGCGAUGCUGUGACUGCUAUGGCUCGGGCGAGUCUUGCGUAUCAACCCAGAGAUAUCAAUGGUAAAGAGAUUUCGGGAGAGGGGUAUCGUUGGACGAUUUAG